AUGAAGCACGACAUGCUUACGCUGGGCUACCUAGCGUCCAUCAUAACCGUCGCCAUGGCUCAGCACGGCCCGCCGUCGGGGCCUGGGGGGUUCGAGGGUCCCGGCGGCAGCGGUGGUGGAGGCGGUGGUGGUUGGGGUGGCGGUGGUGCUGGCUGGCCGCAUACAACGGCGUUGCCUGCCUCCACGCCGCUGCCACCGCCGCCCGAGCCCACGCCCACUACCUGGACAUCGGCCACCACGCCGCUGGCUCCACCGCCGCCUGUCGAGACAUGGCCGACGGUGCCGCCCGGGCCGCCUCUGGGCACCAUUGCCACCACGGGAGCCACGUCCUUUACGGUCGGUCCCGACGGACUGACGACGCCCGUAGCCUUCACCACGGGCCCCAAUGGCGUUGCCACCCCCGUCGCGUACACCACCGGCCUCAACGGACUGGCCACACCCGUGGCGUACACGACGGGGCCCAACGGGCUGGCCACGCCGGUGCAGUACACCACUGGACCCAACGGCCUCGAGACGCCCGUCACGCAGACGUUUGUGUCGUACACGACGGGCACAGAUGGCCUGGUCACGCCCGUCACGAACGGCGUGGUCUUUACGCCCUUUGUUUCCAACGGCCAGCGUCUGGCGCCGUUCCGUCUGUGGUAA